CCCGGGAUGCCGGGCUCCAUGCUCUUCCUGAUGCUGGCGCUACAGCCGCUACAGCUGAGCCCAGGGAGAUCCCUGCACCACCUCCCAAACCACAGAAGCUUCCACCUGGGCACCAGCCAUCACAGAAACAACUGGAAGAAGCUGAAAUCCUGCGACGGUGCCUUUGACCUGUACUUCAUAGUGGACGCGUCACAGAAGGCGAAUGAUAUUUGGAAGGACAUUUGCAAAUUAGUGGAUGAAAUGGUGGAGAUGUACACAAACCCUAACCUGCGGAUGUCCUUCAUCACCUACUCCACUCUGGGCCACACCCUCAUGAAGCUCACCUCAGACAGAAAUGAAAUUCGUGAUGGUCUUAGCAGACUUCAGAAUAUAGUACCUAGUGGAGCCACACACAUGCAGGAAGGAUUUAAAAAGGCAAAUGAGCAGAUUCAACGAGCUAACUCAAGAGGCAGCAGCGCUUCCAGCCUGAUUAUCUCUCUGACCACUGGACCACUGCUGCCAAGGACAGUACGAGCAACUAAGUUUGAAGCUGACAAAGCUCGGCGUAUGGGGGCCAAGGUUUACGGCCUGGGCAUGAAAGACUAUAAGAAAGGCCAGCUGCAUGAUAUUUUACAAAGAAAAGACCAAAUGUAUGGGAUAGAAGAAUUCCAGUCCCUGGAAAAGCUUGCUGCCUCGCUGGUGGAAAAUUCCUGCAUGGAAGUGACGGCUGGGGACACUUACUUUGUCUGUUUAGGAGAAGCCUACGAAGUGACAUUUUUUACAUCUGACCUAGAUCAACAAAGAAAGGAUGAAAUUGUUUGCAGAUAUGAGUUCGGCUUCAGCGAAGUCUAUGAUAAAGCAGCCACCUUUGUGAAUCAAGAAAAAUUAAUUUGCCCAGGACAUACAUUUGACAAGGCUGGACAGGAGGUCUCAAUUGAUUACAGCCUGGACAAUGGUGUCACCUUCACAGGCGAAGACAUGAAAAUUGCCAGCAGGGACUGUGUGAAUGACAAGCAGGAGACUGUCCCAACUACAACCAGAGUGACCACAGUGCCUACCACGGUCAGGACCAGGAGGACGACAACAAGGAGGAUGACAACGAAGACCACAGUGCCUACCACUGUCAGGACCAGGAGGACGACAACGAAGACCACAGUGCCUACCACUGACCAGGAGGACGACAACAAUGACAACGAAGACCACAGUGCCUACCACUGUCAGUACCAGGAGGACGACAACAAUGACAACGAAGACCACAGUGCCUACCACUGUCAGUACCAGGAGGACGACAACGAUGACAACGAAGACCACAGUGCCUACCACUGUCAGGACCAGGAGGACGACAACGAUGACAACGAAGACCACAGUGCCUACCACUGUCAGUACCAGGAGGACGACAACGAAGACCACAGUGCCUACCACUGUCAGUACCAGGAGGACGACAAUGAAGACCACAGUGCCUACCACUGUCAGUACCAGGAGGACGACAACGAAGACCACAGUGCCUACCACUGUCAGGACCAGGAGGACGACAACAAGGACGACGACAACAACGAUGACAAUGAAGACCACAGUGCCUACCACUGUCACCAUGACAACAACUACCGUGACAACUGUUGCCACAACAACCACAGUGACUACAGUUGUCACAACAACCACAGUGACUACAGUUGUCACAACAACCACAGUGACUACAGUUGUCACAACAACCACAGUGACUACAGUUAUCACCCAGAGCACAAUUCCCAACAAUCCUCUCUUGUACCCUACACUCAUCCCGUCCCUGGUCGUGAUACCGUUGCUGCUUGUCUGCAUCUGCUGCUGCAAGAGGAUCGUCAAGGAGCCACCACCAGCCCAGAAACCAGAAAAAAAGCCAUGCCCUGUACAGACCAGGGUGAUUGUCUCCUGCUGUGGGUGCCAAGAAGACAGGAUGAAACAGAUGGAGGGAAAACUGGAUACUUUUUAUGACUUUGUCCAGCGCUGCAGCCAGCUGCCAUUGAUGUGGUGUCCACCCAGGGACAUGGGGAGGUGCAUCAACUUCACCUUAAUGAAUCCCCACUGCACACAAAUGUUCUGCGGCCCAAAGAUCUGCCUUCAACCCAGCCAGGAGUGCUUCCCCCUCAGUAGCUGCUGUUCACAUGGUCAACAUCUCCCACCCAUAUGCUCUCAGUCACUCUCCAGGAUGCUGCCGCUGAUCCCUCGUACUGCCUGGAAGCUCUGCAGAAGUACUUUGUCACUCCCACCCCCGUAGCCCAACAUCUAAAGCACCAAAACACAAAAUUGUUAAGAGCCCCUUUUGUACUGAAUUGGACACAUAUAUUGUGUUUGGGUUUCCAGUCAAAAGGAGUUGGGAUUUGUUGUUGAUUAGCAAGAGAGUUUGUUACCUGGUGAGCACUGCUCCACUGUAUGAGAUGCAGCUAUACUGCUCCUGCCAGAACAAAGCACCCUGGUGUCCUGUGGAUGUAGACAUGAUGAGUCUCAUUCCCCACAGACAGGUCUUCAUCUGUCACCAUGGGUUGAGAUACGUGGGGUUUUAGCCAAAAUAUGCUCUUUCCAAAAAGCCCAAAAUAUCUUUGAUGUAUGAA